CUGGGAAGAGCGAGCAGAGCACAGAGAGAGACUGACGAGCAGAGGACACAACAGAGAUGAGUCGCAUGGACAAAGCCAAAGCUCGGCCACCCUGUCACCGGAACUGCAGCCCCGUCACAAAGGACAUCAAAAGGGCAUUAACUCAAGUGCAGAAGAUUGUUUUUCUCAUGGCGAGCAUUUGGGUCUCUCAACCGGGAACCAUCUGCAACUCCAAGACUUGGCUCUUGCUGGUUUUUAUCCCACUACUCCAGGGGCCUCUGUGUGUAGAGAGUAGCCCCAUCUCCAACACCCAUCAGAGGUAUCGGCCCGCUCCAGGGCUGGGAGACGGGCAUGGGGGGGUGGUGGACCCUUCAAUGCUGGAGCAGGACAGCAACAUGGACAUGCAAAGCCUCCUGGAGAGCCUCAAGGAACAGUUUCUGCGGACAUUCAACCUGUCUGGCAUGGGUCCUCCUCCUCUGCCUGAUGGGAGCACCAGAGAGGAGCCGCCUGAGUACAUGGUGGAGCUCUACAACCGGUUUGCUAACGACCGCACCGCUAUGCCCACCGCCAACAUCAUCCGCAGCUUCAAAAAUGAAGAUUCUUCUCCCAGUGUCGUAGGAGCUGGAGGAGUGAGACGCCACCUACUCCUCUUCAACGUGUCCAUCCCCCACCAUGAACGCGUCACUGCAGCGGAGCUCCGCCUCUAUACCCUUGUGCAGACUGACCGACACCUUUAUGCAGGGGUCGACCGCAAGGUUACAAUCUACGAACUGGAAUCACACGAUGGGGAUGACAACAUGACCGAUGAGAACCCCAUGAGAGGAGACACAUUCAGAGAGGAGACCGAGAGGAUAGAGCUGGUGGAGCUGGCUUCACGUCAGGUCUACGGCACUGAUAACGGCUGGGAGGCCUUUGACCUCACUGCUGCCGUUCAGCGCUGGCGUAAAUCAGACCAUGGCACAACUCAUCAGCUGGAGGUGCACAUUGCCAGCGUAGCCAGUGAGGAUCCUACUCAAAAUGUGGCACAAGAGCAUGAAGACAACAAUCCAACUGAGGGGGACAUGAAGAUCGACAUCAGCCCUGAGGAAAAGCACAAACCUCUGCUGAUUGUUUUCUCCGAUGACCAAAGUAGUGAUCACCGGGAUGACAAGCGUGAACUAAACGAGAUGAUAGACCACGAAACGUCUAACAUGGUCCUGCAAAAUGACUUGACAGGCCUAAAUGGGCUAUGGGGCGACAUGGACAAGGACAAGGAUGAGGAAGAAGCUGAGCCAGAUGAAGAAGACCUCAUCCAAAUGCGAUCCAAUUUGAUCUACGACACAGCGUCCCGCAUCCGUCGCAACGCCAAAGGAAACCACUGCAAGAAACAGUCUCUGUAUGUGGAGUUCAAGGAUAUCGGUUGGGACAGUUGGAUCCUGGCACCGACUGGUUACGAUGCAUUUGAGUGCACAGGUAUUUGCUCCUUUCCGCUGACGAAGCAUGUCACGCCGACAAAACACGCCAUCGUCCAGACUCUGAUCAACAUAAACAGUCCGCAGAAGGCGGCGCGAGCAUGUUGCGUGCCCACCAAGCUGGACCCCAUCUCCCUUCUGUACCUGGACGACACGGGCGUGGUCACCUACAAGUACAAGUUUGAAGGCAUGGUGGUGGCUGAGUGCGGCUGCAGAUAGUCCACGCUUUCAGAAACUUAAACUCUCAGUAAAGUCUUACAAUCAGUGGAAAGACAAAACAAUAAGCUGAAAAAGGAGGUAAGCUAAGAGUCUUCCACAACGAGAGGAAGGACAAUUUGUGGAGUCUCUCAGUGAGAUUGGACAUGUAUAUUUGCUAUUUAUAAUUCUCUGUGUGCUCCAAAUGAAUGAGUGUGGACAAAUCUAUAUUUUUAUACCAUGUGACAGAAGCAAGUCCUGUAUCUUAAAGCUUCAUUUUGGGCAUCACUGGACAUAAAUUCUGAAAUAACCUGUCAACAUAUUGUAAUUCAAGAGGUUUGAGAGGAUAUGAGACACCUGCACCUCGUUUCUACAUCAUUUUGACAUUGAUAAAGAUUUUGGGCCAUCACAAGUCCUUUUAGGGAGUCAUGAUUGACAGCUCGAAUGAUCAUUAUUGCAUAGAUCAGUGUUUUUUGCAGAAGAAACAUGGUUGCUCCCUUUCUUGUGAAACACCAUGCCAUCUUUAUAUUCCUCCCAUAAUUUAAGUAGGCAGGAGAGAGUUGGAGGACGGAUAUCUGCCUGCUGUAGCUUUAAGGUGUUCAAGAACAUUAAAUUAGUUUUGGCAGUAGAGAUGUGCAACAGAUCUACAAUAAACAUGUUGCUAAUAGUGCUGUCGAGGUGUGUUGCCAGUGGGACUUACAAGGGACAAGAUUUCCCAAAGACCCUAAUGUGUGCAGCCUGGUGGGAACUAGCGGGCCAGUUGUCCCCCUCCUUCUACUUCCCCCUGACAUCUAUCUUCCUCUCUACUUAUCUCUGGCCUCCCUACACGAUGCAAACACUAAUCAGCACUUCAUGUGCCCUGGCGCAGUGAAAUGACCUCCCUAAGGCAACCUGACAAGACAUGAACUCUCCAGGCCUACCUCCUGCCUCCUGCAGCCUCCAGAUACGUAGGCCCAGUGCAGUGCAAGGGUCUGAGAGGUAGGGUUAUCUGUUCCAACCCUGUUUCCCACUUCACAUGCCUCUUUUCCACCCCCCGAGCUACAGCGAUAGCAAGGUGUCGGGGCUUGAGAAACAUGUUUGCCACCGCUCAGGCUCAUAGAGCUGGACGCCAUUCUGGGCAGCAUUUGAGGUGGUGGGACAGGAGAGCUGGACAGGACACAGGGGGUAGGGGUUGUCCACAUUCCUAAGCAACAGGCAAUCUUAACCAGCUCAACUCCAUCAUGUGCCCCUGACAUGUCUCCAACUCCUUAUUUGGGUCAUCCAUCACUUUUAUGAUAAAAAUGGCCUUUUCGGAUGAUUGUCGUCCAUCUUCAGGCCAAAAUUAAGAGUAGGAAUGGGGGCGAAUUUUCUUUUGUUAUAUGCCCUUUGAUACCUCUGCUGCUUGUGUCAAAUAAAAGACUAUUUAUUGUUUUAAUUUAUUAAUUUUUACAACAGAUAACUAUAUAUGUAAAUUUUUAUGUCAUAGUGUAGAGCAGGUUUAUUUUCCAGGACAAUGCGUAUGCAGCGCAGAAAUAUCUUUGUUGGGAAAAGAAAUAUAAACAUUCUACAGCAAUAAAGAAAACUGAAAUGUCAAAUGAAAUGGCUCUAACUAUGAAUUCAUUCAACUAUCACUGAACAUUACAAUUAGUCAGAUCUUCCUGGUAUGUCAAGUUUAUUUCUAGUAUUUUAAGAAAGAGCGGUUAACAUCAAUGAUACUACACAUUGCUGACAUUCAGAUCAUUCUGACAGUAUCAGUCAAUGGGUCGUAGUUCAUGCAUGACACACAAACAAAGAACCAUGGGAAACUGAGUGGAAGCGCCGCUAAUGAACAAAAUGGAUGGCCUGCUCUUCACACUGACAGCUAGCAGAUCCAAACAGCUGUGAUGGAAAACCUGUUUAGUGAGGAGAAAAUGUGAACAAAUAACAAAGACCGAUCUGGUCUCAGUUUGCCCUUGAUUCAGUGAAUGUUGAAUUUAAUCCAGAUCACAAUGACUUGUUAUUUCAAUGUACAAA